AUGGAACAGAAACAACAACCUCGAGUUUCACGUAGCAAAGCGACUCAUGAAUCCUGCAGAGGAGAUGGACCCACCACAAAAACCACCUGCAGGAGGAGGAGCAGCAGCAGCAGCAACAACAACAGGUUCGCCACCGCGGACGACGGUGGUGGGGAUCAGAUAGAGUGUUCAGGCAAGUAUUGCAGGUCAUGCACUGCAGGGUUGAUUGCUGAUUGUGUUGCCCUCUGUUGUUGCCCUUGUGCGGUUGUGCAUUGCUUCGCCUUGGCUUUUGUUAAGGCACCGUGGGUGGUUGUAAGGAGGUGUUUUGGUUUGGGGAAUAAGAACAAGAAAAAGGGUCAAGAUUCCAAUAAAAAAUGCAAGAUGGGGCAUGAAGAUAUUGAUGAUGAUGGUGAUGAUGUUGUUGUGGUGGAGAGGAAUAGGGAAAUUGAUAGUGUCACUGUCAAUGCUGGAUUUGAAGCAGAGAAAGUUUGGGUUGAGUUAUAUCAGAUUAGUCAUUUGGAUUUUGGGAGGGUUUCUGUUUCAGUUGAUUAA